CCUAUCCUAUCUGACUCUGUUGAAAAAAUUUGAUCUAGAAAUCCAAUUAUUAUACGCAUAAAAUGGUUCACCACUGCCUUGAAUCGCUCAUUAAUGAGAUGGGGCAUGAGUUGUUCAAAAUUCUGGUCACUGUGGUACAAUGCAGGAAUGGUCUCAACAAUUCUACUGUUUUCAAUAUCGAUAGUAGUCAUUUUAAAGUGACACUUAACAUUUGGCUGUACAAUUCAGCAUCACCAAAUGAAAAGAAAGAACAAGUAUUGGAACUUAUGGUUCCAUUCCUUACAAUGAGAUGGGAUACUACGUACUCUCAUUAAUAUUAUGCAGUACUGUGCAUGAGAUGGGACGUGCUAUGGCAGCAGUUAGAGAAGAUUCUUGACAAAUGCUGGUGUCUUCAUCAAAGAUAUCUCACUGUAAUCUCCUCUAUUAGGACCUUCUGGACUUUUAACAGGAGAUGUAGUACACAGAAUUCAUUACGGUUACGUAAAGAAUUCAACAAAUUGGAGAACGUGUAUUCUGCAAGCAACUCAGGCUACUGUGUAACGGAUAAGAUGGUGCAGGAAUUAGAUAAAUCUUUUCUGGCUCCUGACAAAAACAAUAGAGUCCAUAACUGCUGUGAUCAGCGCAAUGUAGAAAAGGGAUAUUUAUGUUUUGAGCAUUUAGAAGGGUUUGACAUUCAGGCUCUCAAAGCUGCCAUGCACUUUUGCCUUCCUACUCGAGCAAUUGUACAAAGCUUCCAUAAUUUGUGUAAAAACAAUGACUUGUAUGUUAAGACCUGUGUUGGACAACAAAGAUUGUACAAAUUUUCCAGAGGCCUUCAUUUUACUCUGCAAGUGAGACUCCCUUAAGAAGCAAGAUACAGCAACAGAGUGCACGCUCAAUGAUUACUUUGGCCAUAACAACCACAUUUACAUUGCUCCUUGGGUUUAAUUUGAUAAAUAUGUACCUGCAUAAAAUGUAGACUAUGUGACUUAUUAUACAGUUAUUGUGAUGUAUAAGCUAGGGCAACUAUAUAAAAAUGUACAGAUAUUUACUGCUGAUGAAUUUAUAAUUAUAAAAACAGGAAAAUAAGUAUAAGAGGAUAUACAUACACAUAACAAAUAUUGUGACUCUUAAUUACUUUAU